AUGUGGAAGAUUGCCCCAAAACGAGAGUCUGGAAUAUUUUCUAAAAGUGUCAUGCAAGGGACAGUGACUGAACAGAAUGGCACAGUGGUUACUGAGUUUAUUCUUUUGGGGCUGACAGACAGUGCUGAACUAAAAGUUGUGCUUUUUCUGUUGUUCCUAGUGAUUUAUGCCAUUACCUUGGUGGGGAAUCUGGGCAUGAUCUUAAUCCAAAUCACUCCCAAACUCCAUACACCCAUGUACUUUUUCCUCAGCUGCCUAUCAUUCAUGGAUGCUUGCUAUUCAACUGCAAUUGCACCCAAAAUGCUGAUCAACCUCCUGGUUGUAAAGGACACCAUUUCUUUUCAUGCUUGCAUGGUGCAGCAUUUGUGUUUUGGGGUGUUUGUCACCACAGAAGGCUUCUUGCUCUCAGUGAUGGCAUAUGACCGCUAUGUGGCCAUUGUGAACCCUUUGCUUUACACUGCAGUCAUGUCUAAGAGAAAGUGUGUAGUGCUGGUCAUUGGGUCAUGGGUAUGUGGGAUAAUUAACUCAUUAAUACACACCAUAAGCUUGGGGAGACUGUCCUUCUGUGGUCCAAAUGCUGUCAACAACUUCUUCUGUGAUAUUCCCUCCCUGCUAAAGCUGUCAUGUUCUGAUACUUCCAUGAAUGAACUGUUGCUGUUAACCUUCUCUGGGGUCAUUGCCAUGGCCACCUUCUUGAUUGUGAUCAUUUCCUACAUGUUCAUUGUUGUUGCCAUCCUGAGGAUCCACUCAGCAGUAGGCAGACAGAAAGCCUUUUCCACCUGUGCCUCUCACCUGACUGCUGUGACCAUACUCUAUGGCACAGUAAGUUUUAAUUACAUUCAGCCAAGCUCCCAGUAUUCUGUAGAACAGGAGAAGGUGGUCUCUGUGUUCUAUGCACUGGUGAUUCCCAUGUUAAACCCAUUGAUUUACAGUCUGAGAAACAAAGAGGUAAAGGAUGCUGUGAAAAAGGCCAUAGAAAUGAAGCAUUUUCCCUGUUGA